AUGGUCGAUUCAUCGGAACAAACUGUUCGUGAUUGUGAAGCAUAUAUAGCUAAACAUGAUAUACAAAAUUUAUUACGUGAUUGUAUUGUGCAAUUAUGUUUGAAAAAACCCGAUAAUCCUAUUAGUUUCUUAUCUACAUAUUUUGAAAAAUUGGAUACAACAAAAUUAUCCAUGCAACAUCAUACAUCACGUUGUCAACAACAGCAAGGUGGUUCAAGAACAUCUCAUUCGCCUGAUCAACAUGAUCAGCAAACAACAAAACCAAAAGGCACAUCAUCAGUUUCAUCACCACGAUCUACAACAGAUUCACAUCAGAAUGGACAAGAUCAAGAUGGUUUAGGAGAUUUAGAUUCUGCUCCAACUGGUAGUGCUGUUAAAGCACGUGAUCGUCGUGGUGCUGUAUCAGCAGAACCAUUUAAAGAAGAAGAUGCAACAUCAUAUGUUAAAACUGUAAUACCAAAAGAUUAUGCAACAAUGCAAGCGCUAUCCAAAGCGAUACAAUCAAAUUUAUUAUUUAGUCAUUUGGAUGAUAGUGAAAAAUCGGAUAUAUUUGAUGCUAUGCAACCGUUUAAUCAUAAAACAGGUGACACAAUUAUUCAACAAGGUGAAGAAGGCGAUUUUUUUUAUAUUAUUGAUCAAGGUGAAGUGGACGUUUAUGUCAAUAAUAAAUGUGUUACAUCUAUAUCCGAUAGUGGAAGUUUUGGAGAAUUGGCAUUAAUUUAUGGAACACCUCGUGCAGCAACAAUUAAAGCUAAAACAGACUGUAAAUUAUGGGCCAUUGAUAGAAAGACUUAUCGUCGUAUAUUGAUGGGUAGCACAAUUAAGAAACGUAAAAUGUAUGAAGAAUUUUUAUCGAAAGUGAAAAUUUUACAAGAAUUAGAUCAAUGGGAACGCUUAACGGUGGCUGAUGCUUUAGAACCUGUUCAAUUUAAUGAUGGUGAUAAUAUUGUUGUGCAAGGAGAACCUGGAAAUGAUUUUUUCAUUAUUGUUGAAGGUCAAGCUGUUGUUUAUCAAAAACGUUCAGAAGAUGAACAACCGUUAGAAGUUAGUAAAUUGGGACCAUCAGACUUUUUUGGUGAAAUAGCAUUAUUAUUUGAUCGCCCACGUGCAGCCACAGUAAAAGCUCGAGGUCUAUUGAAAUGUGUCAAGAUGGAUCGAGGUCGAUUUGAAAGAGUAUUGGGACCAAUCUCGGACAUAUUAAAACGAAAUGUUGCUCAAUAUAACUCAUUUAUUAAUUUAGCCGUUUAA